AGGGGCCGCCACCGCCGCCGUCCUGCUCGGGGGAGGCUCCGUGGUGGCGUGUUACGGCGGCUGGCGGGGGCGGCCGGGGGCGGGCGCCUUCCUCACCGUCCUGGCUCAGUUACUAUAUCUUCAACUGCAGAAAAAGUUGUGUACCUUGUGGUUUUUCAUCUGUCAUUUGUCAUGUUUGUAUGGUCGUAUUGGAAGACAAUUUUCACAUCUCCUGCAUCCCCUUCCAAUGAGUUCUGCUUGUCAAAAGCUGAUAAAGAACAAUAUGAAAAGGAAGAGAGACCAGAAUUCCAGCAGGAGAUUUUGAGAAGAGCUGCUAAAGACUUGCCUAUCUGUACGACAACAGCAUCAAGAGCCAUCAGAUACUGUGAUCGAUAGCUAAUCAAACCUGACCGCUGCCACCACUGUUCUGCAUGUGACAUAUGUGUACUAAAAAUGGACCACCACUGUCCGUGGGUGAAUAAUUGUGUGGGGUUUUCUAACUACAAAUUCUUCCUCCUGUUUUUAAUGUAUUCCUUACUGUACUGUCUGUUUGUUGCUGCUACAGUCUUGCAGUACUUCAUAAAGUUCUGGACAAAUGAAUUGCCAGAUACCCAUGCAAAAUUCCACGUACUAUUCCUUUUCUUUGUGGCAGCCAUGUUCUUCAUCAGCAUACUGUCGCUCUUCAGCUACCACUGCUGGCUAGUUGGCAAAAACAGAUCAACAAUAGAAACAUUCCGUGCACCCAUGUUUCGAAAUGGACCUGAUAAAAACGGCUUUUCGCUUGGAUAUGGCAAAAAUCUAAGGGAGGUUUUUGGAGAUGAAAAGAAGUAUUGGCUGCUCCCUAUUUUUACCAGUUUGGGCGAUGGGUGUAAUUUUCCAACUCGUUUGGUGAUUAUGGAUCCAGAGCAACUAACUGUCUCAAGCCAAAACGAACCUGCCAAAAGCUCUGGAGCCAGUCAGCCCUUUCCUCCUCGACCACUCAGUGAAUCACAAAAUCGAUUGCUAGCCAGUGACGGUCAAUGGGUAGAAAGUGGCCCUGAAGAGGAAAAUGUUAAAUCAGGUUUCUGCAACACAUUUUGUGCUUGAAUAUUACUUAAUUUUGUUUGGAAGAAGAUGAUCAGUAAAAAAAUGGAACACGAACAUUUUAGGAAGAGACAAGAAAUUCAAGUUUCUGCACAGUCCAAGGGAUUCUUGUAAGCACUAUUGCAGAGCAGGGAAGUUAAGACAUGCCUUAAGAUUCUUAACGUGCAUUUAUGCAGCACUGAAUUAUAUAUAUACUGCUACCAAAGGGCCAAAUCCUGAAGUGCCCUGCUUGGAUGCACAAGGUCCAGAGUGGGAACUAUGCAUUUCUGUUAUGCUGCGGUGGUGGGGGUAGAUCUGCAAGGACUCCUACCUCCUCACAGGCAAACUUUACACCUUAGGCACUGCAGAAGCCACUUCCAUAGCAGGUUCUGCAGAGAACAGAAAGAAAGAAGAAAAAAAUAAAAAUAAAGAAGAGGGGGAGGGAUUGGAUUGUGGGGAUUGACAUAGAGUGUGGCUGAUGAGUCUAAAGUGCAACUGUCCAUAGCACAAACACCAGGUUUUAUUGAAAGGAAGGGACUGGGUGAUAAUGGUUGUAGCUCUCCAAGUAUGUCAGGACUGAGGAUUCCUUCCACUGGCUGUGCUAUGGAACAAGGCAAUGCCAACAAAGCAAAAGCCUUUUACUUGGUGUUGCUUUUUUGCUAUAGAAUUGAGCCCCCUCAUCUUUUUAACUUGAUUUAUUUAACCAUAUCAAGAGCAUAGCUCAAAGUGAACUGUCUUUUAGCUGCAAGUACAUGGAUUAUUACUUUUCAACAAUUGCCUCUCAGCACACAAAGAAAAGCCAAUCCAAGAAGAAAUGAACGAACUGUUACAUUUUCUGUUAAUGUCCACAGUGUUCCCUAUGAGGCAGUAAGAAAACGGCAAAGUACCCCUGAGAAAAGGGUUAGUGCAGUUGUGUGUUGUUAGCAAAUGGAACUGGAAGAGUACUGCUUUUUAUAUGGGACUCUUGAUGGUUUAUAAAUACUGUUUUAUACUUUUGUUUUAUCUUUUUAAUGAAGGCACAAGUUUUUAUUGGUUCUAAAGUACCAUUUAAACAAAUUUCAAGUAGUUAUGAGAAAAUUAGCAUUAGCACUUGUGUUACCACACCAAAACUUUGUGUGCUUUAGUCUGCCACUUCCAAGUCUAUUUUAAGCGAUACUGAACUGCUAAAGAUGAGUGCUUUGUGUAAUGAUGUACCCUGUUCACAAACGGCAAAAUGUCUUUCCUGUGUGAGGAAUAAAGUCCAUCGUAAGCUCAAGACCAACAGCAAAGGACAUGAUCUUGUUCAUUUUCUCUUGCUCCUCUGUAGAGAAGACAGCUACUUACUUCAUCUUUGUGUGUUAUUGGUGUUUUGCACCUGACAAACGUGAAAAAUAGUUGUACUGUCUGAAGCUUUUCUGAUGUUCAGCCGAUGCUGAUUACAGAUAGAUGUAAACUGUUUUGAUACAAACUGAAGGUGGUAGCUGGAGUGAUGAUGUGGACAAAGGAAACCUGUUUGGUUUCUCUGCCAGACUGGUUGCUACUUAAGUCCAGUAUGUUCAUGAUGGAAAUACAAGGGUAUCAACCAUACUGUAAGGCUUAAACAAAUGUUUUCUUCGUCUUUGGAAAGUAUAAAUUUUCUUAAAUGUUACUCUUCUGGAACAAGAACUCUUCAAGAAUCUAUGGGCAUGUUUUGGUCACUGUGGAGUAUUGUUGACACAGAAGUAAUGGUCCAAACUUGGCAUGUUAUGUUUAGAUGUUGCAAAAUGUGUCUUCAAACUUUGUAUGAUAAAUUUUGCAUUUGCUAAUUUUCAAACUCAAAAAACGUUUGCUAUGCAUUAAUCUGGAAGAUUUAGCUAUUUUUUUCCUCAAAUGUCAAGUGCAAAGUGCUCAUCUGAAUAUCAGCUUUCAGCAAUACUGACAUGUUGAGCUCACAAAGAGAGAAUGCAUCAGCAGAAUUUCUUGGGAAGAGAACAGAGACGAAAGACAGUGAGCUCAAAUUGCUCGCUCUAAAUACCAAAAUGUGCAGCCCCGAACACUGGUGGAAUUGUAAUUGAGGGCCCUGGAUAUAAUCUCUUCUACUGGAUCAGUGUAUUACAGCAGAGAUAAAUACAUGCAUAGUCAUUCCCUAGCAGAAUUAGAAGCAAAAUCUCUCUGAUGUGGUAAACCUCACAGAUCCAGCAGUAUAGCCUCUGUCCUCUUCCAGCCCCCCAAAGUGCUCCAUAUGUAUUCAUAUGAAUGCAUGUAUACUCUAGGCUAACAUCUAUAUAACUUGUUUGAUUUCUUCAGCCAGGGUAGUUAAUCUACAGGGAAAAAAAAAUGCAGGUAAGCAGGCUGGGCUAAAUCCAUGUGUGUUCUGUAGCAAAUUGGUUCAUAUUUUGGUGGCGUUUCUUCAAGAGCUGAUGGUUCUGACAUCUUGAUGCGAAUACAAAAUACAUUUUGUCCCAGAUUUCUCUCACGUUUCCAAUGGCAAAAGUAGGACAGCGAUGUGCUUGGGAUACUCUGGAGGCCGGACUUACUGUUGGUGGAAAAGCAGAUGUUACUGAGAAGUCACUUGAAAAACAUAAAAUGUAGUAAAAUGGUUCAAAUGUGAUCUUUCCAAAUGCACACCCUUCCCUCCCCCCUCAUUUUUUUUAAUACCAAAUUAUAUUGGUGAACUGUUUUUAGGGUUCCCCAGUGAGGGGGAUGGUGAACACCAGGUUUUCCUUGCAAGCACUGGCCAGGGAGGAGGCAAUGCUAAGGUAAGACAGUGGCUUCACUUGUGUCUUUGAGUUCCUGUCCUGCCAGCUCCCUAGCCACAAGCAAGGGCUCUCAGUGCUGUAUCUGAGCAGCACAGAAUGCUGACAGGCGAAAAGAAGGAGCAAGCCAGGAACUAAAACCAACUUUGGUGUAAAGAACAAAAAGCUGCUGGGCUGCUGAGUUGCCAGCAGACACGCGUGUCGCUGCUAGCAGAGGAAGGGGUCUGUAGGAGCUCACCACAAAAUGGGGCUUUUUGGCUCACAUCCAUGCACUGAGCUGCUGCACACUUCCAGGAGAGGAGGUGGGAAGGGAAGAUGGAUCCUAAGAACAAAAACGGUUGUAGGGUGCUGGGUUGUGUUGUACAUGCUGGUUCUAUGCUACAUGUCAGCAAGUCCUAGAAAUAACUUACGUUCAUCGCUAAAAAUAACAGCACUUAAGCUUUCAGGUCCCUCAAAAUAAUUUUAGAAACCUCAGCUAUUAUUUUUUUCCCCAGACAAUUGGUUUAUUUACAGACUGUAAAGAUGCACAUAAUUGCUGUUCCUACCAAAGGCAUAUGAUGGGAAGAGGGCAGGACCAUGUAUCGGUUUCUCUAAUAACUGACAAGUUAGAUGUACCAUAAAUGUUUGAUUGAAAACUUCCACUUCCAAACUUCAAAUAUUCAGAGGCUUAUUUUAGAAGGACUCCUGACAUUUCUAUUUUUAGUGAUUUGAGUAGAAAUCGUGGUAACGUUUUUGUUAAACCUACCCUUUGAACAUGUAAUGCAGAAGUACCAAGCUUCUUUUGGUAUGCUAUCUAGAAACCAGGCGUGUUUUCUAGAGUGUUAAAUGCCUACAUUUUUCAGGUAGUUUCUUCCCUCAUUUGAUCUUGUUGCUUUUCUAUCUUUCUAAAUAAUUUUGGAGAGUUUUGGAAGUUUUCAUUAAGUUCAGUGCUAUUCAGUAUCCGCUCAUGCUGUAGUUUGAAGUUCGUCCAGUUGUAGCUCACCAGAGCCCCAUGAGGAGGAAAAAAAAAAAAGGCAGGAUUUGUAGCAGGAUUAAUGUCUGUGGCAGAUGUACCAAGAGAAGCAUCGACUCUAACAAAACAGAUCUGCCUAGAUCUGGAGCACUGACUGAUCAUAUUUAUUAAAAAAAAUAAAUAAAUAAAUCCUUUGAGCUUCAUGGUAUGUGUUCUUUGAGGAUGCUGGCUAAAGUCAUGUGUAAUUGAGGGAUUCAGGUAUAUAUUUAAAGAGGUUCCAAGGAGCUACUUUAAGUGUAAAUGCAGAUCAAGAAUACAUUUUUCAUAGUACAUCAAACAAAUUAAAUGAAAUAGCUGGGUAUGCAACAUAAGAGGAUCUUCUCUCCCUAAAUGGCACCAAAGAGAGCAGCUGCAUAUAAUGUUAUUAUAAUACUGAACACAUUUACUACACUCAUUUCUAUCAAUUUAUUUUGUAUAUAUAGACAGUUUUUAUACGCAUUUUUCUUAAUUACAUAACUGUCACAAAAUGUAAUGAAACUGCAAGUUGUAGUUAGUGCUAAUGCUGAUUUAAACUGGUGUUUGGCUGUUUUGUUUUGCAGCAAUUACUUGAACCUUGUUUCCAUUACAUUGCUAAGUCUGAUGUUUACAAAACUGCUUUUGUUGGUUUUUUGGGAGUAUCCCCACCUUUCCUUCCCCUUGCCCUGCCACAAGAAAUAGAGAGCACAUGCUUAGCAGUCAAGCACAUGCGUUGGGGAUGAAGUAUCCACUUUUAUUGGCACCAAAGUGUUAAUGGUGACAUGCGGAUUCCCUUCUGUUUACAUUAUUUAGCUGACAAAUUAAAUGCUUAGCGUGUUUCUCUCUCAUUUCUCCUGUCCCCUAACCUGUUGCUGUCAGCUUUGUUGUGAGAAACUUAAAUCUUUCUGAACUGCAAGUAUUUAAGACCAUAAAAGACAUCACAGAAAGAAAGAAGCACUAGUCCUGUUGUUGUUAAAGCGUUCAGCCUGUCCCCUCACCCUCUUUUUAAACUUACCUGAAUUAAACACCCCUGGGUUCUCACUGCACUUCCUUUUGUAUUUGCCAGCAAGGGUUAUCAACAGUUGCACUAAUGACAAUGUCCUCGCUGUUCUACUUCCACAGGUAUUUUUAAUUGUGCUGCCUAAACCUGUAAUGAAUUGUAUUUAAGUUUCAGGUUAAAUGUAAGAUACAUGUAAUGACACAGUUAUUAUAUUUUUUUGUAUGUUGCAGAUAGGACUAGUCCUAUGCACAGAGAAAACAAACAUGUUGCCAUUUAUAGUUUAAUACUUGAAGUAACUUUUUAAAAUGGGCUUUUAUAAUGAAUUACAUACAAAAUCACAUUACUUUGCCUGGAAGUUCCUUCAUCUUUUAAUUGCAUUGUGCAAUUUGCCCAUAUGUAUAUUUUUCCAUAUGUUAUCUCAAGCCGUUUAUAACCAUUAGAAAGCACAUUUGAGACUUUGAACACAUCAGUGUUGAACCUGUUCAUCCUUCUCUGAAAUGUAAUUCAUGUUUAAAUACAAAGUUGUACUAUUUUAGGCCUAUUUUCAAAAGUGAAAAAAUAUUAAUGUAUUUGACACAUCAGUGAAUGCAACAUUGACUUAAUAAAACUAUGUGAAAUAAUCUGAAAA